GAUAUUAGAAAAAGUGAAAUAAUUUGUGAAUCGCUGAGAAAUAUACUAUUGUCACAAAUGUCUUCAACAACAAUUUUAUUUAAUGUUAUUUCAUUGAAAUACAAAUGUUGAUCAACGAUGGCCACAUUAGGCCUUUCAAAAGUCUUCAUACUGGAUAAAUACUUUACGGAAUUGCAAAAAUUUUGGGAGACGGAGAAGAAGUUGCAGGACGCCUCAUCUUCAAAUGAGGCGGUGCAUCUACAGCAACGACUUAAAAGUCUCAGUACGGAAUUAGUCACACUGCGUAAUCGUUUGCAUGUGGGCCAAGGCCCGGGUACAAUUGCCAAUGGCAAUAAUGUACAAAAUAGCAACAAUGCUAACAGUCUGUCAUUGCAACAACAGCAGCAACAACUGGGUCCUUUAACAUCGGUCUUGGAAUUGAGCGCUUCAAGUCCAAAUUUGAAUAGUACGAACAUCGGUAGCACCAACAACAACAGCAAUAGCCAUAAUAACAACAGCAACGCUAGUUUUAAUAAUUUCGCCAACGCAAAUGGCAACAACGUAGUACAAGCACAACAACAACAGCAACCGCCAUCAUUGCAUCAAUCUAAUUGUAGUAAUAAUAAUGCUAAUCUAACAACAACACAAACUAAUACCGCCCAUCAUCAUCAGCAACAACAACAACCACAAUCAUCACAACUACAGCAUCAUAACAACAAUCAUCACUCAGCAACAACAACACCACCAUCAUCAUCAACAACAACGCCAUCAACAACCAUUAUUAACUGUAACAACAACAACACCAACAGCAGCAAUAAUAAAAAUUUGCACACAUUCAGUCAUACAUUGCCACAUAAUUCAACAUCUGGUGGAUCGGGUAUUGUUUCAUCACGAAAUACGUCCAUUCCACAUCCAUUGCCACAUCAGAUCAAUGACAAAGCGCCUUCCUCUUCAUCGGCCCAAAAUUUUAUGGAUUCCAUUGUAAUGCCAGUUUUAUCCACCUCGCUCAACACAACAUCACUAAAUUACAACUCAAACACUCUACCAAUGCGAUCAUCCAGCUCGCAUGCAUCACAACUGCAGCAUCAGAGCCAACAUAAUUUACAACAUUCGCACCUGCAUCAUCACCAGCCAUCAUCACACCAUUCCAACGGCACCAAUCAACAUCAACAACAGUUUCAGCAACAGACAGCACAGCACUCGUCACAUCAUCAACAGUUGCAGAAUCAUCAUCAGCAGCAGCAACAACUGCCCUUCAUACCCAUACAAAAACAUUUGAAUCCUUGCAGUGGUAUCAACACUCUACCCAUCUCAUUCGCAAAUUGCCAUGCUCGACCUAACGGUCAGACAAAACAGCCGCAUGAGUUGGAUGAUCUAAUUCAUCUCUCGGGGCCAUUAACUGAGGAUGCUGUAAUGCGAACAUUGCAGGCUCGUUUUCAUGACAAUUGCUAUUUUACAAAUGUCGGCCCAAUAUUGCUGUCCAUAAAUCCAUAUCUUCAUGUCGGCAAUCCCUUGACACUUACAUCCACCCGAGCAUUCCCGUUGGCACCCCAACUGCGUAAAAUUGUCCAGGAAGCCGUACGUCAACAGGCCGAAACAGGUUAUCCACAAGCCAUUAUUUUAUCCGGAACAUCGGGUGCUGGUAAAACACAUUGUUCUAUGCUAUUACUUCGUCAACUAUUUGCCGUCGCCGGUGGUGGACCAGAAACGGAUGCCUUUAAACAUUUGGCAGCCGCAUUUACAGUAUUACGUUCCUUAGGCUCAGCCAAGACCACAACAAAUUCCGAAUCCAGUCGCAUUGGUCAAUUUAUUGAAGUACAAGUAACCGAUGGUGCUCUGUAUCGGACUAAAAUUCAUUGUUACUUUUUAGACCAGACACGAGUGAUACGACCACUGCCAAAAGAGAAAAACUAUCAUAUUUUUUAUCAAAUGCUUGCCGGCCUCAGUCGGGAAGAACGUGUGAAAUUAAAUUUGGAGGGAUAUUCACCGUUAAAUUUGCGUUACUUACAAAACGGUGAUGUGGUACAAAACGAACAAGAAGAUUCGAUACGCUUUCAAGCAUGGAAGACUUGUUUGGGUAUAUUGGGUAUACCAUUUUUGGAUGUGGUUCGUGUGUUGGCCGCUGUUCUACUAUUGGGAAAUGUACAAUUUAUCGAUGGUCAGAGUCUAGAGGUUGAUGUCAAGGGUGAAACUGAAUUAAAUGCCGUGGCCAGUUUACUGGGUGUUCCACCAGCGGCCCUGUUUCGUGGUCUAACAGUGAGGACUCACAAUGCACGCGGACAACUGAUAAAAUCAGUUUGUGACGCCAACAUGUCUAACAUGACGCGUGAUUCCUUGGCAAAGGCUCUCUAUUGCCGUACUGUUGCCACAAUUGUCAGGAGAGCAAAUAGCCUGAAGCGUUUGGGUUCAACAUUGGGCACACUAAGUUCAGAUUCCAAUGAAUCGGUACACAAUCAAGGCGAUAUUGCAUCACAACAUGCUUCCACUAUUGGCGGAAAUUCCGGCUCCAAAUCAAUGGCUGCCCUUAACAAUGCAGUACGCCAUGCCACGGAUGGAUUCAUUGGCAUCCUAGAUAUGUUCGGAUUUGAGGAACCCUCACCACAUGCUCAACUGGAACAUCUGUGUAUCAAUUUGUGUGCCGAAACAAUGCAACAUUUUUAUAAUACUCACAUCUUUAAGAGCUCCGUUGAAUCAUGUCGGGAUGAGGGAAUCGUUUGCGAUACCGAAGUGGAUUAUGUGGAUAAUGUUCCAUGCAUCGAUUUGAUAUCUUCGUUGCGCACUGGACUGCUGAGUAUGUUGGAUGCGGAAUGUGCCGCCCGCGGUACUGCUGAGAGUUAUGUGUGUAAAAUAAAGGUGCAACAUCGUAAUUCACCUAGAUUGGAAAUCAAGCACACCACUGAACCUCAUGAUCCACGAAUGUUCAUGAUACGUCAUUUUGCCGGUCGAGUGGAAUACGAUGCAACAGAUUUUCUGGAUACAAAUCGUGAUGUAGUACCCGACGAUUUGGUUGCGGUAUUUUAUAAGCAUACGUGUAACUUUGGUUUUGCCACACAUCUUUUUGGAUCCGAACUGAAGGCGCUGUAUGCCUUGCAAAGUGUCCCCCGUGGUUUAAGUUUCCGCAUAGCUCCAACAUCACACACAGAUCUACUGAAUGGUGACGAACCGGUAUCAACCUUAACUCAAGACUUCCACACACGUUUGGACAACCUUUUACGUACUCUGGUACAUGCCCGCCCACAUUUUGUACGAUGCAUCCGCAGCAAUUCGAUGGAAGCAGUUGGUUGUUUUGAACGCAUGACAGUUGUCAAACAAAUACGCUCUCUACAAGUCCUUGAAACGGUCAACCUUAUGGCUUCGGGAUUUCCCCAUCGUAUGCGCUUUAAACAGUUCAAUGCACGCUACCGUAUGUUGGCGCCAUUCCAUUUGAUACGUCGAAACGAGGAUAAAAUGGAAGAAUGUUGCAAUAUAAUAUUGCAACAUGCUAUGGAAAAUCCUCCCGUUGUUGAGGGUUCCGUUACAUUGGGCUGGGCACCGGGAAAACGUCAUGUCUUCUUAAGCGAAGGAAUUCGCCAACAUUUGGAACAUUUACGUACGGAAAUACGUAACAAGAGUGCAACACUGAUUCAGGCCACAUGGCGUGGUUGGCAGUGGCGGAAGAAAAUGGGUGGUGUUAAUCAUCGAGUAAUCAAUAAUGGAACUGGUGGGCUUAUGACAUCUCCAUCGGCUAAGCUUAAUAAAUUGCAUGGACACAAUGGUAUAAAUAGUGGAGCCACAAUGCCAACACGAGGAACAACAUCGACAACAAUUACAGCGAAUGCUUCGAUUGGCGUCAAUGCAUUAUCAGCAUCGUUGCCGCGCUUAUCGGCCAAAACCACAAAUCCUGCAGGAACAGGAGGAAGCAAUGUCACGAGACCAAGACCACAGCCAAUUGCUGGUACUCCGCCACCAGAUCCAAAUGAAAAAUGUGACACAAAGAUAAUACAACAAACAUGUAGCCUUUUCGGAUUAGAUUUGGAACGUCCGCCACCUGUACCACCAUCUCGUAAUUACACUAUAACUGGUAACACAAAAUUAAGCUUUCCACAAACGCGUGUUAUGAAAAUGAACUUUCCCGAGGACACCAUAACAAAUCCGCCUACCGAACAAUUGAAAAAGGGCGAAAGUGUAAAUGUUGUUGGUGCGUCAUCAUGCCGUGGCCAUUUGAUUGUCGAACACAAAGGACAAAACUUUCAUGUUCCAUUCCAAUAUAUGGAACUGCUCAAAGGUAUGGGCAACGGUACAACCAACGGAACCAACGUAAUCCAAAAUGCCAGCAACAACAACAAUGGCGGUGGAGCUAACAACAACACUGGUGGCAAUAACAACACUACUAAUGCAGCCGCAACAAGUGCAGCUGUCAAAAUAUAA